CCCGCCCGGCCCGCCCGCUCCGCCUCGGCGCUCCGAGCGGCUCGGCGCGGCUCGCAGCAGGGGCAAGGUGCGGCGGUGGGAGGGGGCGGCGGCGGAGCGGCUUUGUUGGCUCGGAGGGGAGCGGCGCCUCGGCGAGAGCCCACCAUGGUGCAGCAGGCGGAGAGUACGGAGGCGGAGAGCAACCUGCCCCGGGAAGCGAUGGACACCGAAGAGGGCGAGUUCAUGGCUUGCAGCCCCGUCGCUUUAGACGAGAGCGACCCGGACUGGUGCAAAACGGCGUCGGGGCACAUAAAGAGACCGAUGAACGCGUUCAUGGUGUGGUCCAAGAUCGAGCGGAGAAAAAUCAUGGAGCAGUCCCCGGACAUGCACAACGCGGAGAUCUCCAAGCGCUUGGGCAAGCGGUGGAAAAUGCUGAAGGACAGCGAGAAGAUCCCUUUUAUCCGGGAGGCGGAGAGGCUGCGGCUCAAGCACAUGGCCGAUUACCCCGACUACAAGUACCGUCCCAGGAAAAAGCCCAAAAUGGACCCGUCGGCCAAGCCCAACGCCAGCCAAAGUCCCGAGAAAAACGCGCCCGCCGGCAGCGGUGGCAGCAAGAGCGCCAAGAGCUCCAGCAAGAAGUGCAGCAAGCUGAAAGCCUCCUCCGGCUCCUCGCCUCCCAAGCCCGGAGCCAAAACCGCCCACCACGGGGACUACGCGGGAGACGAGUACGUCUUCGGCACCCUAAAAGUGAGCAGCAAGACGGUCAAGUGCGUCUUCAUGGACGAGGAGGAGGAUGAGGAGGAGGACGAGGACGAGCUGCAGCUGCGGAUCAAGCAGGAGGCGGAGGAGGAGGACGAGGACGAGGAGCCGGGGCCGCAGCAGCUGCGGCGGUACAACGUGGCCAAAGUGCCGGCCAGCCCCACCUUGAGCUCCUCGGCGGAGUCCACCGAGGGGGCCAGCCUGUACGAGGAGGUGCGGGGCGGCGCCGCGGCGGCGGGCGGCGGCAGCAGACUCUACUACAGCUUCAAGAACAUCACCAAGCAGGGCCCGCCGCCGCCGCAGCAGCCGCCCGGCCUCUCCCCGGCCUCCUCCCGGUCCAUCUCCACCUCGUCGGCCGGCAGCGAGGAGGCGGACGACCUGCUCUUCGACCUCAGCCUCAACUUCUCCCAGCACGGCCACGCCGCCGCCGAGCUGGGGGCGGGCGCCGCCGCCGGCAACCUCUCCCUGUCGCUGGUGGACAAGGACCUGGACUCCUUCAGCGAGGGCAGCCUCGGCUCCCACUUCGAAUUCCCCGACUACUGUACCCCGGAGCUGAGCGAGAUGAUCGCGGGCGACUGGCUGGAAGCGAACUUCUCCGACCUGGUGUUCACGUACUGAGCGGGGGCGGCGGCCAGGGCGGGCGGCGAGAGCGGCGGAGCUGGAGCGGCGCGACGCCGGCGGUGAUGAUUAUGAUGAUGAUCAUGAUAAUGAUUAAAAAAAUAAUCUUGUUUUCUUAAAAAAAAAAAAAUCUCGAAGUUAGUUCCGAGCCCGGGAGUUGUGGUUUUAUUUUUUUUUUAAUUUUAUUUUUGUGUUUUUUAAUUUUUAUUACGUUUGG